CCGGGGGAACCGCGGGGAGCGGCGACCGUGCGCCCCGAAGGCGAGCGGAGCGCGCGGGGAAGAUUCGAGCUGCACUGGACACGGGUUGUUUUCUCAACUGAAAGAAGCUCAAGAAGGGAUGGUGAAUUCUCUUUGAGUGUCCACGAACAGCAUAAAAGAGUUCAAGUAGAGCAGCUUGGAGAUACAGAAAGCUGAGAUAAGAUGAUUCUGACAUUAGUCCACCUCUGAAACCAUGAUUUAAAUAUCAGCACGAAGAUUUUAACAAGAAAAAUUUAAGCUUCAUUGGAUUUCCACAUCAAAGAAAAGCCCCAAGCUUUCAGAACGAGUUCACGCUUGAAAGUGAAGAACAGCUUGCUAACCACAAAAGGCAACUCGAUGCCAAGUUUUUAGCUGCACUUCCUAAAGUUGCAGAAUUAAGGAAAAUCUUUGAACCAAAGAGGAAAGAGCUUCUAGAAAUGAAGAGAAAAGAAAGAAUUGCCAGGCGCUUGGAAGGAAUUGAAAAUGACGCCCAGCCCAUCCUCUUACAGAGCUGCACAGGAUUGGUGACACAUCGUCUGCUGGAGGAAGACACGCCCAGAUACAUGCGUGCCACCGACCCUGCCAGCCCCCACAUCGGCCGAUCCAAUGAAGAGGAGGAAACCUCGGAUUCUUCUUUAGAGAAGCACACUCGAACUCAGUACUGUGCCGACACCACAGGCACCCACAGCGACCCCACGUAUAGUUCAGGUUCCGUGGACACUCACAGUCUUGAGUCCAAAGCGGAAAGAAUUGCGAGGUACAAGGCCGAAAGGAGACGGCAACUGGCCGAGAAAUAUGGACUGACUCUGGAUCCCGAGGCCGACUCUGACUAUUCUUCCCGCUACACCAAAUCCAGGAAGGACCCUGACGCUGUGGAGAAACGAGGAGGCGCCAGCGAGAAGCAUGAGGACUCGAGGGCGGAGGGCACGGGGCUCAGGGCCUGCGUGGUGGACUCCAAGGAAUACACCCUCCACCGGAGUGACCCUUCCGACAAGGAGGUGCUGCUCAACGUGGAAAACCAAAGACGAGGUCAGGAGCUGAGUGCCGCCCGCCAGGCCCACGACCUGCCCCCGGCGGGGGAGAGCCCCUCGUCGUCCUCAUUCUCUGGGCGAGGCGCCUCCUUCACCGACGUGCCAAGAUCCCCCAAACAAGUGCCCAGCAGCUCCCUCCAGCAGCCUGCCUCCCCGAGCUACUCCACCAGCGACUCCCCGCUCCCCUCCGAGGCUCGCACCGGUACAGGGAAGCCCAAACAUGAAUGGUUUCUCCAGAAAGAUUCCGAAGGGGACACACCUUCACUUAUCAACUGGCCUUCCAGAGUUAAAGUUAGAGAAAAAUUGGUGAAAGAGGAGAGUGCUCUCAGCAGCCCUGAACUUACCUCAGAGGCAUUAACUCAGAGGAGACAGCAGCCAAGGCCCAUCCACUACCUGUCCUUUCAGUCAGAAAACUCCGCCUUUGACAGGGUCAUAAGCAAAGCCGUGAGCUCUGGGCAACAGCUUAGCCGUGGUGUCCAACCAGAAAAUCCCAUCCACCCUGUCAAGUUGGUAACUACAGAAACGCCAGAACAUGUGUCUGAAAGCAGCUGGGUGGGAUCAGCCCCUUCGGAUGUCAUAAAUCCUCCCACAUUGAAGGUUCUAGAAGGUGAGCCGAGGGACGUUCCAGGCCUCCAUAUUUGUGAGUCAAAAGCGGAAGAUGUGCUCUUCUCUGAAGCGCCAGAGAAGAGCCAUACAACAGUCUUGACCUUGAAGGACGGCAUUGGCAUGAGCUCCCGAGCCCGCGCUGGCCAUGAAGACUUGGGUAAGCUGGCCACUGGCACUGUCCCCUUAGAGCGUCGCCCGGAGCCCCAGGCUCAGCACCAGCCUGCCGAGAGAACCAGCCGGAGCGCCAUGGUGCUGUAUGUCCAGAGUGAGCCUGUGUCUCAAGAUGCCGCGUGGACCCAUCACCCCACGAGAGCGUCUCCCAGGAAGCACAAGGUCCUUUCCCGCUCACUGUCCGAUUACACGGGGCCGCCCCAGCUCCAGGCCAUGAGACAGAAGGACGCGGGCGCCCCGCGGGAGCGGGGGCCACCCGCCUCCCAGGCCGAGGCCCCCUGUGCGGAAGCGGCAGUGCUGGACACCAAGGUCUCUGUUGCCCAGCUCCGAAAUGCGUUUCUGGAGUCCACCAGGGCCAGCAAGAGACCUGAACUCCAAUCACGGGGUGACAGAUCGGCCGAAGGACUGGGCUUGCCUUCCGGUAUGGAGCAGGACAGAGGGGCCCGGAAACCAAGACGCUAUUUUUCUCCCGGUGAAAGUAGAAAAACUUCUGAGAGGUUUAGAACUCAGCCCAUAACCUCAGCAGAACGAGAGGAGUCGGAUCGGUAUACAUCAAGUUCGGAAAUGCCAACUGUUGAGGAUGAAGAAAAGGUCGAUGAACGAGCCAAGCUAAGUGUUGCUGCCAAGAGGCUGCUUUUCAGGGAGAUGGAGAAAUCAUUCGAUGAGCAAAGUGUUCCCAAGAGACGCUCGAGAAACUCCGCGGUGGAGCAGCGACUCCGCCGGCUCCAGGACAGAUCCCACACGCAGCCCAUCACCACGGAAGAAGUGGUCAUCGCGGCCACUGAGCCUGCCCCUGCGUCGUGUUCCGGGGUCACCCACCCUGGAAUGGCGAGACUUCCUAGCCCCACUGUAGCUAAGAAUGCCGUACAGCCUCCCAGAUUACAGGCAUCUGCUCACCAAAAGGCUUUAGCCAAGGAACAGGAAAACGAGGGCAAAGCUUUAACUGAACCGGGAGAACCUGACUCCUCCACUCUGAGUUUAGUAGAGAAGUUGGCCUUGUUUAACAAAUUGUCCCAGCCUGUCUCAAAAGCCAUUUCUACCCGAAAGAGAAUCGACAUGAAGCAGAGAAGAAUGAACGCUCGCUACCAAACUCAGCCGGUCACCCUUGGAGAGGUAGAACAGGUACAAAGUGGGAAACUCAUCUCUUUCACCCCCACUGUGAACACAUCUGUGUCCACCAUGACCUCUGCAGUCACCCCUACAUACGCUGGGGAGCUGCGGACAAAGCCGUCAGCUGACAACAAUAGGAGUGCCACUGAGUGUAAAGUGCCCUGUUUUGUGGAGAAUUCAGACUCUCCGGCUAGAAGCAUUCUGAAAUCACAAGCUUGGCAGCCUUUGGGAGACAAUAGUGGGAGCCGAGGAAUGCUGAGAGAAUGUGGGGAAUCAGAAAAGAAGAGCUUUUUGACUUCUGGAGAAAGCGAUAUGAAGACAUUCGAGUCCCUGGAGGAAGUAGAAGCUUCCUACCCCAGCCCCAGCAGGGCGAGGGAGGGAGACAGCCCGAAAGAACUGAAAUAUGUUCUCCCGAGGAAAGAGAGCCUGGAACUAGCUAGUACUCCGGUCACCCACAUGGGUGAGGAACCAAAGAAAUUUUCCACGGCUCCAAUCAGUGCGCAAGGAAACUUGGACACGAAGGACAGGCUACCCUCUGAAGAGAAGGUGAAUGUGGAGAACGUCACCGAAAGGAGAUUUUCACUCAAAGCUGAAUGUGAGGAGCUGGCUUCUGAGCAGACAGGGGCAGCGGAGGGGAAGACCACAGGCCCCGGGGCCUGGAAGCAGCAAGAGCCUUCGGAAACACUACAGAAAUACUACAAGAAUCCAAGUGGGAUGUUUGCUCCUGGAGAGAUCAAAGCCCCCAUCGGGGAGAGCAUACUUGAUUCCUCCAGUAAAACCAUGUCAAUUAAAGAGAGGUUGGCCCUGCUGAAGAAGAGUGGCGAGGAAGACUGGAAGAACCGACUGCACCGAAAGCAGGAAUGCGUCAAGGCGUCUGCCAGCAGCAGCCUACACGUCCAGGAAACAGAGCAGUCCCUGAAGAAGAAGGAAGAAGCAGGAUUUGCGGAUGAUAAUGCCAUUUCUAAUCUACUCUGGCGGGUCACAGAAAGUCGAGAGAGCCAGAUGACGAUCGAGGAGAGGAAGCAGCUCAUCACAGUGCGGGAGGAAGCGUGGAAGACCAAGGGCAGAGGCGCCGCCAACGACUCCACCCAGUUCACCGUGGCGGGCAGGAUGGUGAAGAAAGGCUUGGCAUCACCUACUGCCAUAACUCCGGUCUCAUCCCCUCUGUGCAAUAAGUCGAGGGGCACCACGCCAGUGUCCAAGCCCCUAGAAGAUAUUGAAGCCAGGCCAGAUAUGCAAUUGGAAUCAGACCUGAAGCUAGACAAGCUGGAAACCUUUCUACGAAGGCUAAAUAACAAAGUGGGUGGGAUGCAGGAAACGGUCCUGACUGUCACCGGAAAGUCUGUGAAGGAAGUGAUGAAGCCGGAUGACGAUGAAACCUUCACCAAAUUCUACCGCAGCAUAGACUCCAACCUCCCCAAGAGCCCCGUGGAGCUAGAUGAAGACUUCGAUGUUAUUUUCGACCCUUACGCACCCAAAUUAACGUCAUCCGUGGCGGAGCACAAGCGUGCUGUUAGGCCCAAGCGCCGAGUCCAGGCUUCCAAAAACCCCUUGAAAAUGUUGGCGGCAAGAGAGGAUCUCCUCCAGGAGUACACGGAGCAGAGGCUGAACGUGGCCUUCAUGGAGUCCAAGCGGAUGAAGGUGGAAAAGAUGUCCUCCCACUCCAACUUCUCGGAGGUGACUCUGGCGGGCUUAGCCAGUAAGGAGAACUUCAGCAACGUCAACCUGCGGAGCGUCAACCUGACCGAGCAGAAUUCCAACAACAGUGCCGUGCCCUACAAGAAGCUCAUGCUGCUGCAGAUUAAAGGAAGAAGACACGUGCAGACCAGGCUGGUGGAGCCCCGCGCCUCGUCACUCAACAGCGGGGACUGUUUCCUCCUGCUGUCGCCCCAGUACUGCUUUCUGUGGGUUGGAGAGUUCGCAAAUGUCAUCGAAAAGGCGAAGGCUUCAGAACUAGCAACUUUAAUUCAGACGAAGAGGGAGCUUGGCUGCAGAGCCACCUAUAUCCAGACCAUUGAGGAAGGAAUUAAUACACACACACACGCAGCCAAAGAUUUCUGGAAGCUUCUGGGUGGCCAAACCACUUACCAGUACGCCGGAGACCCGAAGGAGGAUGAGCUGUAUGAGACCGCCAUCAUAGAAACGAACUGCAUUUACCGUUUGAUGGAGGACAAGCUAGUUCCUGAUGACGACUACUGGGGGAAAGUUCCCAAGUGCUCUCUCCUGCAACCCAAGGAGGUGCUGGUGUUUGAUUUUGGCAGUGAAGUGUACGUGUGGCAUGGGAAAGAAGUCACGUUGGCCCAGCGGAAAGUCGCGUUUCAGCUGGCAAAGCACCUGUGGAACGGCACCUUCGACUAUGAGAACUGUGACAUCAACCCUCUGGACCCUGGAGAAUGCAAUCCGCUCAUUCCCAGGAAAGGACAAGGCCGGCCUGACUGGGCCAUAUUCGGCAGGCUUACUGAACACAAUGAAACUAUUUUAUUCAAAGAGAAAUUUCUCGAUUGGACUGAAUUGAAGAGGCCUGCAGAGAAGAAUGCUGGGGAACUUGCCCCGCAGAAGGACGAUCCGAGAGCAGACAUCAAGCCCUGCGACGUGACGCGGAUGGUGGCGGCGCCGCCGGCGGCGGCCAGCAGCACCGUCCUGGACGGCGUGAACGUGGGCCGCGGCUACGGCUUGGUAGACGGGGAGGACAGGAGGCAGUUUGAGAUCGCCAGUGUCUCCGUGGACGUGUGGCACAUCCUGGAGUUCGACUACAGCCGGCUCCCCAGACAGAGCAUCGGGCAGUUCCACGAGGGCGACGCCUAUGUGGUCAAGUGGAAGUUCAUGGUGAGCACCGCAGUGGGAAGCCGGCAAAAGGGGGAGCACCCGAUCCGAGUGGCCGGCAAGGAGAAGUGUGUGUACUUCUUCUGGCAAGGCCGGCACUCCACGGUGAGCGAGAAGGGGACGUCGGCGCUGAUGACGGUGGAGCUGGACGAGGAGCGAGGGGCUCAGGUCCAGGUUCUGCAGGGAAAGGAGCCACCCUGUUUCCUGCAGUGUUUCCAGGGUGGGAUGGUCGUGCACUCGGGGCGGCGAGAAGAGGAAGAAGAAAACGUGCAGAGCGAGUGGAGGCUGUACUGCGUCCGGGGCGAGGUGCCCAUGGAGGGGAACCUGCUGGAGGUGGCCUGUCACUGCAGCAGCCUGCGGUCCAGGACGUCCAUGGUGGUCCUCAACGUGAACAAGGCCCUCAUUUACCUGUGGCACGGAUGCAAGGCCCAAGCCCACACCAAGGAGGUGGGGAGGACCGCGGCGAAUAAGAUCAAGGAACAGUGUCCGCUGGAGGCAGGUUUACACAGCAGUAGCAAUGUGACCAUCCACGAGUGUGAUGAAGGAGCCGAGCCCCUGGGCUUCUGGGACGCCUUGGGAAGGAGGGACAGGAAAGCCUACGAUUGCAUGCUCCAAGAUCCCGGCAGCUUUAACUUCGCACCCCGCCUGUUCAUCCUCAGCAGCUCCUCGGGAGAUUUCUCAGCCACAGAGUUUGUGUACCCCGCCCGGGCCCCCUCGGUGGUCAGCUCCAUGCCUUUCCUGCAGGAAGAUCUCUACAGUGCCCCUCAGCCAGCGCUUUUCCUGGUUGACAAUCACCAUGAGGUCUACCUCUGGCAAGGCUGGUGGCCCAUCGAGAACAAGAUCACCGGCUCGGCCCGCAUCCGCUGGGCCUCCGACCGGAAGAGCGCCAUGGAGACCGUCCUGCAGUACUGCCGAGGAAAGAACCUCAAGAAGCCGCCCCCCAAGUCUUACCUCAUCCAUGCUGGUCUCGAGCCCCUGACCUUCACCAACAUGUUUCCCUGUUGGGAGCACAGGGAGGACAUUGCUGAGGUCACGGAGAUGGACACGGAGGUUUCCAAUCAGAUCACCCUCGUCGAAGACGUCCUGGCCACGCUCUGUAAAACCAUCUACCCGCUGGCCGAUCUCCUAGCCAGGCCGCUGCCGGAAGGCGUGGAUCCCCUGAAGCUGGAGAUCUAUCUCACCGACGAAGACUUCGAGUUUGCGCUGGAUAUGACCAGAGACGAAUACAGCGCGCUGCCCACCUGGAAGCAGGUGAACCUGAAGAAAGCCAAAGGCCUGUUCUGAGCGUGACGGGUGCGGGAGGAAGCGACCGCGUGCUCACCCGCAACACCCGACCACCC